UCAAAACACGGGUUGAUUUGGAUAUCGGAAUCAAACCCAAGACCUUACUUUAUAAAGCCAAAAAAGUUGCAUUAGUACCACGUAGAACAGUUCUGGUACUAGUCUUAGGGAUAUAUAUAAUGCACAUUCGUAGAAUCCAACGGUCAUCUAAAACGGCGAGUUUUGGAGAACCUGACCAACCCAUGUCCGGCAGCAGACUGCAGACCGGAUCAAUUCAUACCAGACCCACCCGCCCAACCAAACCCGUUGAAGAAACAAGCUUUCUUGCCAAAUCCAACCUCGCAACGAAUAGUAAUCACGCCCCCAGCAUCCGCACGUCCAUUCCCCAUCCGACGGCCGGUACCGCUCGACACGGUUUCAAUGUUCCCUUCGCCCCCACACAACCAUAAUUGUGAAGGAGGGACCGCCAGCGUCACCACCACUAUCCAUUUUCAUUCAAUCCGUCCGCGCCGGCGCGCCUCCAUUCCUCUCGUCGUUUCCCUCUCCCUCCUUCCUUCUUGGAGGACCUCCGUCGCCGAAGGAUUGAGCAAAGAUGAUGAUGACGCGGGCGUCGAUGGGGGCGAUGGAUGCGGCGGCGGUGGACGAGGUGGUGCGUCGCCUCGUCGAGGGCGGCCGCGGGGGCCGGCAGGUGCAGCUGUCCGAGGCCGAGAUCCGCCAGCUCUGCGUCGAGGCCAAACAGGUGCUGCUGUCGCAGCCAAACCUCCUGCGCAUCCACGCGCCCGUCAAGAUCUGCGGUGAUAUCCAUGGACAGUUUGUUGAUCUCUUGAGGCUUUUCGAUUUGGGUGGUUAUCCUCCAACUUCAACUUAUAUUUUCCUUGGAGACUAUGUGGAUAGAGGCAAACAAAGCUUAGAAACCAUAUGUCUGCUUCUGGCAUACAAGUUGAAGUACCCUGAUAAUAUAUACCUUUUAAGGGGAAACCAUGAAGAUGCCAAAAUUAACAGAGUUUAUGGUUUCUAUGAUGAAUGUAAAAGGAGAUUUAAUGUUCGACUCUGGAAGAUAUUCUGUGAUUGCUUCAACUGCUUGCCUAUGUCAGCACUUAUUGAUGACAAAGUAUUAUGCAUGCAUGGUGGCCUCUCACCAGAGUUGAAUAGCUUGGAUCAAAUAAAAGAUAUUGAGAGGCCUACUGAAAUUCCUGACUAUGGUCUUCUGUGCGAUCUCCUUUGGUCUGAUCCUAGUCAUGAUACAGAAGGAUGGGGGGAGAGUGAUAGAGGUGUUUCUUGCACUUUUGGUGCAGAUAAGCUUGUCGAAUUUUUGGAUAAGAAUGAUCUCGACCUUGUGUGCCGAGCUCAUCAGGUGGUAGAAGAUGGCUACGAAUUCUUUGCAGAAAGAAGACUAGUGACGAUAUUUUCAGCUCCAAACUACUGUGGCGAAUUUGAUAAUGCAGGUGCUCUAUUGAGCAUAGAUGAAAGCUUGAUGUGUUCUUUUCAGAUCUUGAAACCAAAUGAAACAGGUGGACCACAUUCAAGGAAACCUCUUCCAAGCAAGGCACCAAAAGGAGAGAAUGUCUAAUUUGUAUCCAGUUAUCUAUACUCACAAUCAAUGUCAGCUCGAAGGGGGCGAUCUCGUUGUCUCGGAUCCACCAGGGCAUGGCAUUAGCAUUCUACAGGCAAUUUCUCUUACCCUCUGGAGCGGCAGGGCUCUACAUCACUUUCUAAAAUUUGUGUGGACUCAGUCGGCAACACUUACAUUCUUCUGUACAGCAGCAGUGUUUCUAACUCGGCAUAUCGUCCGUUCUGGUAGUUCAUUCCCACAGCUGCAAUAUUUAGUCGGGGUGUGCAGCAGCUGUUUUUUCGUUAGCUUUUUUUGGUGAUGUUUGUUUGCUUGAUCGCUGUGAGUUUUGUUUGCUUGUGUAUCUUCAUCAGGCUCUGGGGUACAUACAUCCUGCAAUUGUGUAAAUGAUUUUGUCUAACGAAUGUCUGUUGACAUAAAGAUUGAUGUUUACAGUAACAACCACACUAGGUGGUGCUACUGUGCCUGUA